GUCAACUCUACCAGCACCCUUCACAGUUUACCUCAUGCUCAGCAUCGUGAAUUAUUUCUUCAUCUCAAAGAUGGCUCUAUACUUCAGUCAGGAACCGCAUCUCCGAUUGGCCGCGGUGGCGGUGGGUACACACCAAUGGAGUCCCCUCGGAGGGCCUCUCCCGAUCUAUAGAGCCACCUCAAAAUUCCGUUUCGUUCCCAACCCACCACAGAUUAAACCGGGGGAGGGAAAAAUUCAGACAAGAGAGACAACAAGAUGCUUCACGCACGCCUUCGCCCUCUUCCUCGUCGUCACCCCUUCCCCCUCUCCUCUUCUCCCUCUGCUCCGCGCCCUGACUUUGUCGACCCUGAGGGAGACGCUGACCCGGAUGAAGAUUCCGAGGACCUCUUCGCCGCUUUUCUUCCGCACCUCUUCCCCGACGAUGCCCCCUCGUUCCACGGAGACCCUGGCCAACAUCUCCUCUACUCAUCUCCGCGCUAUGGCGACCUCGAAAUCAUGGUUCCUUCGUACCCGGAUCAGAGUGAGCGCCGCUCUGAUAACCCGGUGAACCAGGUUGAAGAGGGGCGGAAGCUCUUCGCUCAUUUCCUUUGGAGUGCGGGCAUGGUUGUUGCAGAGGGAGUGGAGAAGGCAGACAUGUUGGAAUCGAGUGGUCAACUGAGUGGAACGGAUGACGUUGCCAUGUGGAGGGUGAAGGGAGAGAACGUGUUGGAAUUAGGCGCUGGCGCCGGAUUACCAUCCGUCAUUUGUGCACUUGCCCAAGCAUCUACCGUCACUAUCACCGACCACCCCUCCUCUCCAGCCUUGUCCGGGGCGAUCGGAUUCAACAUGACGCACAAUCUACGGGCCUCGAAGAUCCCAUCCCCUACGAACGUAGCCAUCCAGCCCCACGAAUGGGGUAUCUUGGAGACCGACCCCUGGGCAGUCCAGCACAAGGGCAGUUUCACUCGGAUCGUCGCGGCAGACUGUUACUGGAUGCGGUCGCAGCAUGAGAACCUGGCGCGCACGAUGCGCUGGUUCCUGGCCCCUGAAGGACGGGUCUGGGUGGUGGCUUCGUUCCAUACCGGGCGGGCCAUCGUGGCGGGCUUUUUCGAGACGGCGUUGCAGAUGGGACUGGCGAUUGAGCGGAUCUACGAGCGGGAUUUGAGCUCGGCCCGGGAGGACGGAAGCGAGGUGCGUCGUGAAUGGAUGCCGGAGCGAGAGGGAGAGGGACCGGAGAAUCGGAAACGGUGGUGUGUGGUUGCGCUAUUGAAGAGGGGUGAAGAAGCCGUCUAGGAGGUCUGGGGAUAUCUAUCGUGUUGAUGAUUAGCAUAGCAUUAUAGACAGCGAUUAAAGACCAAGAAGCA